CAGAAAAACAGAGAAGAAGAGUAAACUGAAACGUAUGAGGAAGGGAAGCUCCGUAAACUUAUAUGGUUUCAGGGUUCAAAUAAAGACAUGCACUAAAGGCGGACCCACAAUGGAGAGUCCUGAGCUGGGCUUUACUCUGGCCUAUGUCGUGUUCUCGCUCUGCUUUGUGUUUCCGCCUAAUGAGUUCCGUUCCGCCGGUUUAACCAUCCAGAACCUUUUUUCUUCGUGGCUUGGCAGCGAGGAUGUGGGCUUCGUCCAGUAUCACGUCAGGAGAACCAGCGUCACUGUGCUGGUCCACUCUGCACUGCCCAUAGGUUACUACAUGGGGAUGUGUUUUGCUGCUCCAGAGAAGGACCUGGGAUACAUUCACCAUGUCACUCAUGGCUGGAGAGUGUUCCUGCUCUUCUCUAUUUGCCUCCAGUUGUUCAGCUGGAUGGUUGUCAUCUACUGGUCCCGCUGUCACUGGGGCAACCAUCCAAUCUGCACCGCCUUGCAGGCACACAUUCAGCCUCCUCACUCCAACUGGGGCUCUGUGGCAGCCAGUGUCAAUGAUGAGUUCAGACGUAUAGAUAAGUUUGCUACAGGGGCACCUGGAGCCAGAGUUAUUGUUACAGACAGCUGGGUGCUGAAGGUCACAACCUAUCACAUCUACAUGACCUUACAGAGUGAAUGUCAUGUCACCGUAACAGAUUCCAGGCACAACCAACUGAAUCCGAACUCGGCCUCUCCUGCACAGAUCUUGACCUUAAGAGUGAACAGCAUCAACCCGGCUGUCAGGCCCUUUGAUAUCAGACUCAAUUCCACUGAGUACGCUGAGCUGAGGGAGAAGCUCCAUGCUCCCAUCAGAAACUUGGCCAAUGUUGUGAUCCACCAGACAAUAAGUGAGCUGUUUCUGGAAACAUUCAGAUCUCAGGUGGAACUCAAUCAGCCCUAUACACUUUCUAGUGAACAGGAGCUUGAGGCCUGUAUUGGCUGCAUGCAAGUUCCUGCCAGUACCAAGCUGGUCAGACUUUGUCAACCAGAAGGGGCUGACAAUGAGUUGGACUGCCAGCAGUGUUUUUGCAGACCUAUGUGGUGCCUGUCCUGUCUGGGCCGGUGGUUCGCUAGCCGCCAAGACCAGCAAAGACCUGAGACGUGGUUGUCAAGCAGAGUCCCCUGCCCCACAUGCAGAGCCAAAUUCUGUGUCCUGGACAUCUGUAUGGUCCGAUGAGGAGAUGCAUAUUUUCCUCAUCAUUUCCAGCAAAGCUCUGGAAGAGCAAUUGACAAACUGCUGUUUAUUCUAUGGUUUCAGCACUGAGCCCUCAUACAGUAAUGUUAUAAUACUGAUCACCUCUUUGAGUCUCAGUUUGUGUAAAGUAAGUGAUUUAUGUAAUGUUCUGAAAAAGUUUCUCAUGAUAUAAUGAUCAUGAAUAAAAGUGAUCCAUGUUUACACUUUUAAUAAACAGAAAAAGCGACACAAUCCAGCACAUUAUGAUGUAAACACCAGGAUGGAAUAGAUAAAAAUAAAAAAGAAAUAGAAAACCAAA